CUACCUAGUAUCCAAAUUGCGUACAAGGAAAACAUUAAUACCUAGAUAUAAACAAAAGUUAAGAGACCGAAAGUAAAGUUUUGUGAUUAAAAAGCAAAUAUUGAACAUUGGCUUCUUUGUGGUACAUAUGUUCCUUAAUUCUUUGCUAUUCAAAUACUGGUUAUCCGAUCUUGAGAGCUCGAAAUUAUAUGUAUAAGACUUUAUUUUGUUACAUUCUUUAUAAACAUGAGAUUAUUUGGGAUUAUUAUUUAGGACAUUAUAAAACCUUUUAUUAGUUAAUUUUUGGCGGUGUAAUUUGAAUGCUGACUGAACUAACCGUUUUACGUGAUAAAAAGAACAAAAACUUCUCUUUCAUCCUUUGCAGUUUUAGCCAUGAUAUUAUUUCCUUAAUCUUCCAUUAAAAAUAUCUUCCAUUAAAAUUUGAAGAGUUAGUGUUACUUCAGAAAAAAAGAUUUUUAUGACGCCAUUGCCGUUUUGUGAAUAAAUCUUGAUGAAAACCACAAGUCACUCACUUCUUAUCCUUAUUAAACUAGGUGAUAAAAACAAGUCAACUAUUCAUUUAAGUGUCCAACAUUUCAUUUUCUAUGAAUUUGUAAAAAGAACUUUAUUACAAUAUCCUGUAAAUAUAUAUUGUAUUAUUGCAUUUUUAUUCAUUUUUAUAUUUUUUUCUUUAAAAAGCAGUUGUCAGAAUUCAAAGAUAUUUGGUUACAAUCUCAUUUUACAGCUGAAAAUAUUUUGCUUAAUAUUUAUUAAAUUAAUUUGGUCAUUUUAUUAUUAAUUUAUUUUACUUAAAUAACUUUUUUGUACUUAUGCAAUUUAAAUUACUGCUGGCAACUUUUCAGUUUCUCUAUCGUACUUAUGUAAUUCGGAAAUUGUAAUAGUCCUUUUUUUUUUUAAAUAAACUUACACAAUUUACAAAACAAAUUAUUUUUAAAAGUUAUUUCAAAACUUUAUGUUAUAAUUUGUUGCUUUCUAUUGUUCAAAUAUAUUUCAUUUUUGUUUAAAUUUAGAUAAAAUGAUUCAUUGUCUUUUUGACAAAUUUUGAUAAAACUUUGAUCAGAAUAAAAUUGUUAGUAACCGGUCUAUUACAACAAUGGCGGACAGCCCAAAUGAAACUAAAGAAAGCCUACUUUUAUCUAAUUCAGACAAUGCAAGUGACUUACAAAGUAAUGGAUUCAAUGGACAGCCCAAUGAAAUGUCUUCUUCUAGUGAUAUUUAUGAUGUUAACAAUAUUUUUAGUGAAAGUUAUACUCAAAAUAAUGACUCAAUGGCAGACAGUAUAAAUCACCUGAAUGGGCAGUCUCCAAUCUGUGCCAAUGAAAUGCCUCCUUCUAGUGUUAUAUCUAAUGAAAGUUUUAUUCAUAAGAAUGCCUUAAUGGGACUUUGUUUUUCUGCACAAAAAGAGGAGAAACCUUACUGCUGUGGUAUAUGUAACCAGACUUUUAGGCAAAAAAAUUCUUUACAAAGACAUUGUUCUGCAGUUCAUGAAAAAAUAAAACCUUUCUCUUGCAAUGAUUGUAAUCAAAGUUUUUCAGAGAAGCGUAAUUUAACAAAACAUUGUCAAAGUGUCCACGUUGAAGGAAAAAAAGAAAGGCCUUUCUCUUGUGAUAUAUGCAAUAAGAGUUUUUCACAAAAAUGGCAUUUGACUUCACACAGUAUUAUUCAUACUAACGACAAACCUUUUUCUUGUGACGUUUGCAGUAAAUCUUUUUCACAUAAAAGGAAUUUAAUUGCUCACAGACUUCUCCACACAGGGGAAAAACCUUACUCUUGUGAAAUAUGUACCAAAAGCUUUUCACAGAAAAAGAAUUUAAAUAAUCACAAACUUCUUCAUACUGGAGAAAAACCUUAUUCUUGUGAUAUAUGUAAUAAGAGUUUCUCACAAUUGACACAUUUAAAUUCUCACAAAUUUCAUCAUACUGGAGAAAAACCUCAUACCUGUGAAAUAUGUAAUAAGAGUUUUUCACAUUUGACAAAUUUAAAUGCUCAUAAACUUCUUCAUACUGGAGUAAAACCUUAUUCUUGUGAAAUAUGUAAUAAAAGUUUUUCACACAAAAGUAAUUUAAAUGCUCAUGUACGUUUUCAUAGUGGAGAGAAGCCUCAUUUUUGUGAAAUAUGUAAAAAGUGUUUUACAACAAAAUCAAAUUUAACUGCUCACAUACUUCGUCAUAAAGAAAAAAAACUUAUGUCUGAGGCAUAUAGUAAAAAUGAUUUUUAGAAACAAAUAAUUUAAGUACUAAUUGUAAAU